AGGCUUGCAGGAGAAGUGCUGCUACGUCUGCGUCGCUCGUGAUCUAGAGCGAAAGCUAGCGGGGCUGCCUCUGAGUGAAUCUGCCUCGAUGCCAUGGGAGAGCAUUCUGGGCCCUGAAAUUCCUGCCCAUGUAAUCCGAGCCCAUACGCCUUUCGAAUUUGGAGGUCCUUGUCUGCGUUCUCGAUAAAGGUCGGGUGGGUGCUGGAGGACAAAGCGGGGAAGAUGGCAAAUUGUUGGCCACGAACACUCUUGUCCCGUACAUCAGCUAUGACGAUAUUUGCAGCUGCCGUUCUGAUGAUGGAGACAGGGAGGAGGCUGACAGUGGCCAAUUCUGCGAACCAAAGUGCUCGCGUGCAGCAGCGUGAUCAGAUGCUGUUGCAGGCCUUGGUUCUGCGUCGGACCGGAGGCGACUUGUAAGUGUGUGAUGCCCUAAGUAGGUUUGGUGGCUUCUGUGGUCCUUGCAGUGAGUGUUCUCUCUGGACUUGAGUUCUUUUUCAAUCGUCCCUCGUUAGUCGAAGGUGGAACAGAGACCUAAAUCGGAACCUCGAUUGAUGAAAUGAGGGACCAGGGAAUCGAGUAUGUAGGCUAGAUUCUCAGUCGAAUUCUCAGUCUGUUUCUUUACGCGGGAAUGCUGCGCUAUAUCUCCCAUUCGUAGUAAAGCCAGCGAAAUUUUGAGAACUGGAGGUUUAACCCAGCCCGGAGUACUCGAGUGUUGCGCCUACGGACUGCAUGCCUCAUGCAAUAUAGUAGGACAAAGGAGUAAGCAUUUUGACUAGCUGGCUGGGCACAAGUUGACUUGUCGGAGGAGAUAGGACGUUGAUCUGAUUGUCGAAUUGAGUCGGAAAUGGAUGAUCUGCCGGACUCAGCAGUGGGGCGCAUUGAGGAGAUCUCGAAUGAAGUGGAGAUGAGUCCAGUAUCAGGCGCUAAGCGCGUGAGCGUAGUGCAAGCUUCAACCAUAUUCUACGACACUCCUGCUACGCUUGAUAAAGCAGAGCGUUUCAUCGCGGAAGCCUCUUCGCUGGGUGCACAACUGGUUGUCUUUCCAGAGGCUUUUAUUGGUGGAUAUCCUCGUGGUGCUGCGUUUGGUGCCGUGAUCGGAAGUCGGUCUGCGAAAGGACGUGAGGAUUAUCGCAAAUACCAUGCCUCAGCUAUCGAUGUGCCAGGUCCGGAAGUGGACAGGCUGGCAGCAAUGGCUGGUAGAUUCAAAGUGCACCUGGUCAUGGGCGUUAUUGAGAGGUCAGGUGGAACGCUGUAUUGUUCAAUUCUAUAUUUUGACUCUCAAGGAGGAUACAUGGGAAAACACCGAAAGCUCAUGCCAACUGCUUCGGAGCGAUUGAUUUGGGGCUUUGGUGAUGGUUCCACUUUGCCAGUUUAUGAGACCCCAGUUGGACGGGUGGGUGGCUUAAUUUGUUGGGAGAAUAGAAUGCCUCUUCUAAGAACUGCGAUGUACGCCAAAGGCGUAGAAGUUUAUUGUGCUCCCACGGCAGACGCCAGGGGUAGCUGGCAAGCAUCUAUGUUACAUAUUGCCAUGGAAGGUGGUUGUUUCGUCUUAUCUGCCAAUCAGUUUUGUCGAAGGAAAGACUACCCAUCUGUACCCGAGUACACCUUCGGAGGCUUUGGGGACCAGGAGCCCUCUCCGGACACAGUCGUCUGUGCUGGUGGGAGUGUCAUAAUGUCUCCCACAGGCAACGUAAUUGCGGGCCCAAAUUAUGAAGGUGAAGCACUUCUUGUUGCAGACAUAGAUCUUGGUGAAGUUGUCAAGGCGAAAUUCGACUUUGACGUUGUAGGGCACUACUCCAGGCCAGAUGUCUUGAGUCUCGUUGUCAGAGAUCAGCCUUACAAUUCAGUGACAUUCGCAUCAGAGGAAAUGGCAGCUGCGAACUGUGUUAGAGAUAAGUCCUAUGACCUACGUAUUCUCGAUACUGACAAGAAAGACGAGGACAUGGAGAGUUCGUCAGAAUAUCUCCCCGCUCACGAGAGUGACAGAGGACGACAUGGUAGCUGAAGAUUCUUCUCAAGUGGUCGUCCUGGCGACGCCUGAAGUGCUCAUUACUUCAUUGUUGUGCUCCUUCCGAUGCCGAUGUUUGGAUUGGAGGCGUGGGGAUUUGGAUGACAGGGCUGCUUUAUCCCAGAAACCACGAUAUCCAUACUGGUUUGAGAUAUUGAUGAUAUAACAUACUUCGGUCACGUAGAGAGCAAUGUUCUUCCUGCUAGUACCAAAUUAAUAUGUUGUUUCAGACCUGUAUAUAGGUACUCCUUUUGACUUACGUUCAUAAAAAAUGGGUUAAUAAGCCACCCUACUCACACAUUUAUGAUAAUUGCAAUGUUCGUGGAACAGAAAACUGUCUUCGCCUCC